AAUUGGAGGAAUAUGGAGAAGUUUAGGUGGAAGGAAACGUGUGUUGCUAUUUUUUUCAUGCUUGCUCUAGAAUUAGAACUCUUUUCUUCAGCUUCUGCACGGAAUUUCAAUACCGCUGGAAAUAUUUGGCUUCACCGACUUCAGUCGGACAGCGCACCUUAGUUUUGGUAACCAUUUUGGUGAUAACUUGUAUGCGAAUACUGGAAGCUUUUCUAGACUUGUAGAGUAGCAUCGUCAUAAUACCUCCAAUUCUACAUUUCCAUCCCCGAGCAGACAUCGUCAUAAUACCUCGGGGAUGGCGUCUGGAAGGAGCGCGGGUAGUCAAGAUCGAUGCGCAACGAAUAUUCUUCUGUUGGAGUUGGCGGUCAAUCGGAGCAGAGGAUUGAAAUAGCCCGCCGCCGACCGUGAGUGAGGACGAAGUUGCAGUUGAGUUUGUUUACCGCUCUUCACCAUCGUAUCACUAUUUUGUGUAGCCGGAAUGCGGUAGCCUUCGGUCAAUCCUGUGUGCCUGUCAUUCCUGUGACUUGGUGCUUCAAGGUUUGGUGACGCGAUUCAGGAAUAGGACUCGCUGUAUCAGGGCUCUCAGGAAACACUAUAAGGCCAUGGAUCUGAACGUCUCCACUGCUUAUCACACACUUGCAAUUUGCUUCAAUGCUCUUUGCACAUUCUUGUUGUAGGUCAUUGUUGUCAGCUUUGAGAACUUGAGUAUUUUAGCUCGCGCUGAUCCCUGCUCUGGCGUGUAGUGGAAGGAUUAGAUAUCAAGGAGGAGGAGGAGGACACUCAUCACUAGAGAUCUUAUUUAGGGAAGAAUUUCCAAGAGGUUGGCUUAGCCUAACAUAAUGCAGAUGAUAUUGGAAUCAGCACUUGUAGGACGGCAGUUGCAAUUAGGCAGAGCAUCGAGGAUUAAUUCAUGGAAUUCCUCACGGACUUGCCUGCAGUACGACGACUUCUCGGCCAACCAUAAAACAAGUUGGGAUGUGACCUGUAGGUUGAGUGAGGGGAUAGAGAAAUCGCCAAGAAAUCAUGGGGGUUCCGAAUACAAAACGCUGACGUUGCCGAAGUCAUUAAUAACAUGUUCAUCGGCUGCGCAGACGUUAAAAAAGCUGAAGAAGAACAUGGAUCGGGGUUUAAGACAGCUGUUGCAGUCCCCGCCUGUCCUGUAUGAGGUAGAAUCAAGCCUGGUUGAUUUAAAGGCCACCAUUGUCUUGUGCAAAAAGGAAUUCUUCGAAUCGUCGGUUGCGGCCGAGGACGGGAAGGUUUGGGACUUGGAAGAUGAACUAUCAGGGAAGCGAGUGUAUCUGCAGCUUGUCAGUAAUGACGUUGACUCAAGUACGGGAAAAGCCAUGCGUACCUCGGAAAUGAUGAUUGAAAAUUGGACUGAAUCGUCUACUUCAAGCAGUCACAUUGCAUCAACAUAUCCAACAAAAUUCGUUGUCAACUUUAGAGUUAAGAAAGAGUUUGGAGAACCAGGUGCUCUUUUCGUUAAGAACUUUCAUCGUAAUGAGUUUCUUCUAAAAGAAAUCACUGUUGAGGUUCCAAACCGCUCAAGCUUGCAUUUCAUAUGUGAUUCGUGCGUGUACAACGUGGACCAUUACGCAGCUGACCGCGCCUUCUUCACCAAUAAGGUUUACUUGCCACGAGAAACACCAGCAGGUUUGCAAGAGCUGAGGGAACAUUUAUUACAACAACUCCGGGGUAAUGGUACUGGGGAGCGGAAGGAAGCUGACCGAAUCUAUGAUUAUCAUGUCUACAACGACUUGGGAGACAGCUAUCGUCAUGAUAGCCUCAAGAGACCAGUCCUAGGAGACAGCGACGAGUUCCCAUAUCCUAGACGGAUGCGCACAGGACGACAACGCUCAAAAACUGACCCUGAGGCGGAGGACCGAGGUGACUUGUGGACGAAUUUUUACAUUCCACGAGAUGAAAGAUACACAAUGGUGAAGUCCGAAAAAUUGCAGGAAGACGCAAUUCAGACAGCGUCUAGAAAACUACUACCGGCUAUCCAAGCAUUGUACUCCAGGCAGACAGAAUUUGAAAGCGUACGCGAAAUUGCGGACUUGUUUAAGAAGGGCGUUUCAUUGACCGUACCUUCAGAUUCAGAUAUCGAUUUAGAUUCCGAUCGUACAACACCAGAAUGUGAAAUCAUCCUCACGUACCCUACGCCUAAAGUCAUCGCAGUUGAUGAGACGGCGUGGACCAUGGACGAGGAAUUUGCCCGUGAAAUGCUUGCUGGUUUAAACCCAGUUGUUAUAGAGCGACUGCGAGAGUUUCCUAUCAAGAGUAAACUAGAUGAAGACACCUACGGUGACCCUGUGUCUGCGAUCACAGCUGAACACAUCGAGCCAUUUUUGGAGGACAUGGAUGUGCGGACAGCACUGGAAGGUCACAAGCUAUUUGUCCUUGACUAUCACGAUGCCUUCCUUCCAUUCGUGAGCAAGAUCAACGAGAACCCUGCUUGCAAGGCGUAUGCGACGCGGACCUUUCUAUUUCUAACACAUGAAGGCAUUUUGAGACCUGUAGCCAUCGAGGUGAGCUUACCUCAAGAAAGUGAACCUGGCACUGUAAAACGAAUAUUCACGCCUCCUCCAAUGGGUAUGAAAGAUUGGAUGUGGGAGCUUGCGAAAGUUCAUGUGCUCGCUAACGACGCUGGAUAUCACCAACUCUCCAGUCAUUGGUUGCGGUCUCAUGCAACGAUGGAGCCCGUGAUCAUUGCAACUCACAGACAGCUCAGUACUCUGCACCCCAUUUACCAGGCUCUGGUGCCCCAUAUGAAGAAUACUCUUGAUAUCAAUGCUGCGGCACGUAAGGCGCUCAUAAAUGCAGGUGGAAUCAUUGAGAUGACCUUCACCCCACAUGCUUACGCCAUGCAAAUAAGCUCUGCUGUGUACAAGCAAUCGUGGCGUUUCGAUGAACAGGCCUUGCCGACUGACUUGAUUAAAAGGGGCAUGGCAAUCCCAGAUAAGAACGGGGACAAUGGAUUGAAGUUAGUGAUAGAAGAUUAUCCAUUUGCAACUGACGGACUCGAGCUCUGGGGUGCGAUCAACGAAUGGUUGCGUGAAUACGUUGACCUCAUCUAUUCGGAUGAUGGGGAGGUUGAGGAGGACAGGGAGCUUCAAAGCUGGUGGUAUGAAAUUCGGUAUGUAGGACAUGGCGACAAAAAGGACGCUGAAGGCUGGCCUACGUUGAAUUCAAAGGCUUCGCUUGUCCAUACCUUGACCACCAUUGUUUGGAUCGCCUCCUGCCAUCACGCAGCUGUCAAUUUCGGCCAGUAUGAGUAUGCAGGUUUCAUGCCGAACCAUCCGACUAUGACGCGACGACUUAUUCCUAUGGAGGGCUCUCCAGAGUUUCUGGAGCUUGAACAAGAUCCUGAAGCAUUUUACUUGUCAACUAUUUCAAAUGAGACUCAAGCUACAGUUAUCAUGACCACAACAGAGGUGCUCUCCACACACUCGAGUCACGAGGAAUUUCUAGGACAACGCUCCACACCUAACUGGACAAGCGAUGAAAAGAUUUCGGCUGUUUACGGGAGAUUCCAAGAGAGGAUAGGUGAGAUUGAGGAGCUGAUCAAGGCACGAAAUCAAGAGAAGAGGCUCAAGAAUCGAUAUGGCCGUGUUCAGUUACCAUAUGAACUACUGUAUCCAUCAUCUGACCACGGUCUGACAGGAAAAGGCGUUCCUAACAGCACUUCAAUCUGACGAUAAGAAGCAUUAGUGCAUUGCCACGAACUCAUUCUGAUCGAAAUAUCACCUAGAUUGAAGAUCAGUCUUGCAGUGAGCCAGACAGCAGACGAUACACUUGUAGAUAGGUUUCACCGUUGACAUCCAGCAAAGCAACGUCAUUGUGGUCACCAGAUAGUGACGUCAAUACAUGAGGCGAAGAGCCAAAAGUUUCUGCACGCACGUGUCUUCGACAUAGUAAAAUAUUGUUAUAAACAAAGUUUUAGAUUC